AUGAAGGAUGCAUCAGAAAGCGCAGCACAAAUACCGCUGCUUGCUUCUAUAAAUGCAGAAUCUCAGGUGCAUCUUAUUGUUGGGGCGAAUCCUCUUGCUGCAGCUCGUUGCACCAAAAGCGUGCAAGCAGGAGCCAAACCAGUAGUCAUCUCGCCCGAUCCUGGAAGUCUGCAAUAUACUUUGGCGGCGCAUUUUGAAAAUGGCAAUGCGAAGUGGGUUCAGAGGGAGUUUGAGGAUGCCGAUUUGACGACCUUAGGGAGGGAAGAGGUGGAUCAUGUUGUGGACAUGGUCUUUGUUACCCUUGGUGGAAAUCACCCAUUGAGCUCUCAUAUAUCCAAACUAUGCCGGCGGCUCAGGAUCCCAGUGAAUGUUUCUGAUGCUCCAGAUCUUUGCACAUUCAGCUUGCUUUCCACCUAUUCGGAUGGCCCUCUUCAUGUCGGAAUCACGACUUCGGGACGGGGCUGCAAGCUAGCGGCACGAUUGAAGAGAGAGAUAGCAGCCACUCUCCCUCCCAACCUUGGCAAUGCCAUAGAUAGGUUAGGGACGAUUAGGAGACGUCUCUGGGAGGAAGAUUUUGCUGCGGGAUUGUGUGAUGCGGUCUUCGACAUCGACGAUGACGACGCGACUGGACAAAAACAUACAUUCAACAACUUAGUGACAGAGUCUGAUGUGAACGCAGCCAAAACCAGACGUAUGCGCUGGCUAUCCCAAAUUUGCGAAUAUUGGCCACUUCGCAAACUUGCGGCCAUUGAUGAUUCGGACAUUGAUAAGAUCCUCCAGGAAUACAGCGCAGGCACUGUGAAGAGCACUGAUACGAACGGCACCUUUAUUGAGAAGAAGGGCAAAAUCGUACUCGCCGGUUCAGGUCCUGGGCACCCAGAUUUACUCACUCGGGCCACAUACAACGCCAUUCAAUGUGCCGAUAUCAUCUUGGCUGACAAACUUGUGCCUGCUCCUGUGCUGGAACUGAUUCCGCGACGAACAGAGGUUCAUAUCGCGCGCAAAUUUCCAGGAAAUGCUGAUCAGGCGCAAGAGGAGUUUCUCCGCAUGGGCUUGGAUGCACUUAAAAAGGGCCGCAAGGUGCUUCGCCUGAAGCAGGGUGACCCUUAUCUGUACGGGCGAGGAGGCGAAGAGCUUGAGUUUUUCCGCGCUGAAGGCUUUACGCCAGUUGUUUUGCCGGGCAUCACCAGCGCUCUGAGCGCUCCAUUGUUUGCGGAAAUUCCUGCAACCCACCGAGGGGUAGCUGACCAGGUUUUGGUGUGCACAGGCACAGGAAGAAAAGGCGCUGCGCCUGAACCUCCAACUUACGUACCGACACAGACGGUAGUUUUCCUAAUGGCGCUACAUCGACUCUCCGCGCUCAUCAACUCUCUUACUAUGCCGCCUGCAGAAGACUUUGACCGCCCUCCACAACCGCGGACACUGUGGCCAAAGGAAACCCCUUGCGCUAUUAUUGAACGUGCUUCCUGCAGCGACCAGCGGGUGAUUCGUUCUACGCUCGAGCAUGUUUGCCAGGCCUUUGAAGUCGAGGGCUCACGACCACCUGGCCUACUUGUAGUUGGAGCUAGCUGCCACGUCCUGCAUAAACCGGAAGAUCAAAAAUGGAUUGUUGAAGAGGGAUUCCGAGGAUUGGAUGAGUUACAAAGCACGGUCGAGGUACCGAUGAUGAACGAAACGGCGUGA